ACGGAAGUGUGUCCCGACUGGCCCAGCUGUCAUCUAGAAGAGAGGGUCCGACCAUUAACACCGGCUGCCUAGGAAAUGCAGAAAAGAAAAAAAAACGCUGAAAUAUGGCAACAUCAAAACGAUAAGGUCAUGACGCCAAACUGAAGGAAAAAAAGGUGAAAGCCAAAAGACACUUGAAGAUUUACUGGGCGUCCUAAAUGGGGGACUACGGGUUUGGAGUCCUUGUGAAGAACGGCAGCGGUAACAAAUCUGGUUUUCCCGUAAGGAUCCCACCUCACCUACAACCCCAGAACCCUCACCACUCGUCAAACCCUCCAAGCCCCCCUUCCUUCGUAAAUAACACCUGCUCCACCAAUGGGGGCAGUGCCUGGCUAUUCCCUGCCGUAGCCCAACACAGUAACAUGCAAGAUGAGAUUCUGGAGUCAGACAAGUCCAAGCCUUUGGAGCUGCAGGACAUUCAGGAGAAGUCUCAGAACCAAGCGCAGCCCAGCAGCCCACCUGGGCAGCAGGAGUCCAGUGGAGCCCUAGGGGAGCUGGAGGGGGGCCUGUCUGAGGAGGGCUCAUUAGAGAAGGGUUCACUGGAGAGCAGUGCAGGCAAAGAGAAGCUCAGAUUGGACUCCCCAGUCUUAAGUGGAUUCGACUAUCAGGAGGGUUUGGGCAUGGUCACAACUUGUGCACAGUCCACCUCCUCAUCCUCCUCCCUUACCAGCUUUAAUAACUGGUCCCCUGCAGUCCCAUCCACCCAGUCUCCUGUGGUCGGAGAGGAUGUUGGAGGAUUCUUUGGGCCUCCUGGCUCCAAUGCAAAUGGUCCGCCCCUCCUGUUUCAAAACUUCUCUCACCAUGCAGGCCCAAGCUUUGGUGCAGGGGGCAGUUUCUCACAAUUGGGGCCCGUCUCCCAGCAUCACCCUGCUCCGCCGACCCCACACCCCCAGCACUACCACCCCCAUGGCCAAGGCAUCCCACAGCAGCACCGCCGCUCCCCUGCCAGUCCCCACCCUCCAUCCUUUCCCCCUCACCCCCAUCGCACUGGGGCGUUCACACAGCUGCCACACCUCACUCCCACUCAGAGCAAACCUCCGUCACCUUGGGGAAGUUACCAGAGCCCCUCCACCCCCACAUCCACCUCCUGGAGUCCCGGUGGGUAUGGAGGGUGGGGUGGCACGCAGGGGGUCCGCGAGUAUCGUCGAGGUGUCAGCGGAGGAAUGACAGGCCUUAACUCCAUCUCUCCACUGAAGAAGUCUUUUACCAAUAACCAGGUUGCUUCUCAGAAAUUCCCCAGAAAUAACUCUGGCUUCAGUCACAAGAGCUGGGUGGAAGACAGCAUGAAUCGCAGUGACAACAUCUAUCCUUUUCAGGAAAGAACACGCUCCUUUGAUGGUUUCAGUAUGCAGUCUCUGGAGAACUCCCUGAUUGACAUUAUGAGGGCUGAGCAGGAUUCCUUGAAAGGUCGCUAUAGCUUCUCUCAUCAGGGUGGAGAUGGACCUCUUCCUAUGAAUGCAAGAAAUUAUGGCAGACGACGAGGGCAUUCUUCCCUGUUCCCAAUGGAGGAUGAGCGCUCUUUUGGAGAUGAUGAGUCUGGAGACCAGGGACUCGGUGGACUGGGAUCCGCCCACUGUUUUCCACAUCUGAAUGGAGAACGCGUAGAGCGAUAUUCCCGCAAGGUGUUUGUUGGAGGGUUGCCUCCAGACAUAGAUGAAGAUGAGAUCACUGCCAGUUUCCGUCGAUUUGGUCAUUUAUUUGUCGACUGGCCACACAAAGCAGAAAGCAAAUCCUAUUUUCCGCCAAAAGGAUAUGCAUUCCUGCUUUUUCAAGAUGAGAGCUCUGUUCAGGCUCUGAUUGAUGCCUGUAUUCAAGAGGAUGGAAAACUGUACCUGUGUGUCUCUAGCCCGACUAUCAAAGACAAGCCUGUGCAAAUAAGGCCCUGGAACCUCAAUGACAGUGACUUUGUCAUGGACGGCUCCCAGCCUUUGGACCCAAGAAAGACCAUUUUUGUUGGCGGUGUUCCUCGCCCUUUACGUGCAGUGGAGCUGGCCAUGAUCAUGGACCGUUUGUAUGGGGGAGUGUGUUAUGCUGGGAUUGACACAGAUCCUGAAUUGAAGUAUCCCAAAGGGGCGGGGCGAGUGGCCUUCUCCAAUCAGCAGAGCUACAUAGCAGCCAUUAGUGCCCGAUUUGUUCAACUGCAGCAUGGGGAGAUAGAUAAACGGGUGGAAGUGAAGCCAUAUGUUCUGGAUGACCAGCUGUGUGACGAGUGUCAGGGCACUCGCUGUGGGGGGAAGUUUGCUCCUUUCUUCUGCGCCAACGUGACGUGUCUGCAGUACUACUGCGAGUACUGCUGGGCCGCCAUCCACUCCCGGGCCGGACGAGAGUUUCACAAGCCCCUGGUGAAGGAGGGAGGAGACCGCCCGAGACACAUCUCCUUCCGCUGGAACUGAGGCGAGAGGGAUAGGGUGGGACAUGAUGCAGAAGGGGAGGAGAAGAUAGGAAAUGGGUACGGGCUAUGAUAUGAAAAAAUGCACUUUUCUUUUAAGUUAAAAAUACUUAAUUUAUUUUUUAUUUUAAUUUUAAUUGGACCUUCUAAAGAAGAAAUGUUAAAUAAGAGAGAAAUCCCAUUUAUGUUUGGACGUUUGAGCAUGAGCAUAUUGAUGCAUUGGAUUAGAUGUUUUCUCACUUGACUUUUCUUUUCUUGUUGGCUGGCAAAGCUGCUUGCAUUUGUUGUCAAGAGAAACAUAAAAUUUAAUUAGGGUUUAUCAUACCUGAAUCAGUACACUAACUAGUUCAGAUGGAGAAGGGGCAUUUUGUGUUCUUGCUUGCAGGAUAAGAAAGCAACUGUACCAUUUACCAAAGGUUGACGUGUGAAGGAUUUGUUAGAAGAGAUGGAGCAUCAUUUAAAAUGGCCGAAGGGUUGAGUUUAUAAGCAGCCUUUUGUAUAGCAUCUGGCCACGUCACUAAAUUCUCCCCUCAGUCUGGCACACAUUUAAGAUGCUGACUUGGCGCUUUUAGGUCUUGGUUUAAAAAGACACAUUGUAACCAGAAAAGGGCAAACCAAAGAUUGGCCUAAAACACAUGGACUAAAGCAGAUCUGAGGUUGUGGGACAAUAGUGAGGCCUCUUGUCAUUGUAGAGGACUGCUGAAGUUUUUUGAAGUUUUUGUUUUUUAAAUUUCAGCUAAAAACGUCACAGCCCUCAGGGUUCAGGUAUUGGCAGUAGUAUUUGUUCACUUUAUAUUGUCAGGGAUAUUAGCACUGGAAGCUAACAUGCUAAUGUAGUACAAACUAAUGGGAAUGCACAGUCCAGUUUCCCUGAGCUGUCCUCAUGGUGUACCACUGCACGCUCUACCAGACUGGAGCUUCUAACACAAGUGUUGUGGUUGGAUUUGGUAGUAGCUAGAAUUUGCUGUCACAGAGAUAAAGAUAUUAUUUUAUACAUGGCCUGCUGAUUUUUGUACAGUGUUUUAUAGCUGAUUAUUUUGUCAUGAACAUAUAUACAUUUAUUAUGCACUACUUUUCUAAAUAUUUUUUUCAAUAGUCAUUUUAGGCACAUUUUUCACAGAUGGGAGAACUCCUUUUGCAAUACCUCAUUUUUUUCACUUGGUGAAAAAUAAUUUUGUACCUUUGUUACUAAGAGAUCUGCAUUUAUGGUAAACUUAAUUUAAAAAAAAGAAAAAUGAAUGAUAUUAAUAUAAUUUUCAAUUAGCUUUUAUAUAUUUAAGUGCUGGUAAAUCUGAAACAUGUCUGGUGCAUUGGUGUGAUUCUGUAGAAUAAAAAAGGCUGCUCUUAGCCAGUUAUAUGUGGAUUUUCCUCUGUCCUAAUGGAACAGGAUCCUAUGGCAUGACAAAACCUUUCUAAACUGGUUUUGAUAGUCUUGAAAAUAUAUUCUGAUAUUUGCUCCUAGGUGUAGUCAAUGAGUAGGGUAAAUGUUUUGGCUUUGGUCAAUGUGAAUCCCUUAAAUCACUGGAGUGAGUAUCAGCUCUUUGAAUAUUUAGAUCCUCUUUCUGGGACUGCCUGUAAGUUCUACUUAUUCUUGGCAUGCAUAACGUAAUACAGAAAUAACAAGGCUAGUGUUAAUGCAGGACCUAAUGUAAUGCACUAGAUCUCCUUUUCCUUACCCACAUUGGUUUCCUUAUCUCUCUUUGAGAUCUCUUGUAGCCUCUCUUUACAUGAUGGAGUCUGCCUUCCUCACACAGACAUGAUGUUUAUGCAAUCUACACCGUAACAACUCUUUGGAUGCGUUUUGUAUUGUAAUAUAGAGGACACUCUGUAGGACUUAGGUGAGGAGACUUGAUCACUUGACCCCUUUGUGAUGUGGCAUGCUUUGGGACAUAACCUGAAUGUGAUUUAAUGUUGCAAGUUAUAACUUUGAGCCAUUAUGUGCAAUACUUAUUCUUUCCAGAUACAAGUCUCUACAGUGUAUGUCAUUUAAUCCCUAUAAACCAUGCAGUCAUUUACACAUUUGUUUCCUAUUGUUCAUACUGAUGUCUGCAAGAAAAAAGUAAUUUAUACCUGAAUUUAUUUUUAUUAGUUUUGUGCUUAUUUACUUAUUUUGCUACUACCAUGCUACUGUGAUUGAAAACAUUGUAUAUACUAGGUCGAUAAUGUAUUUAGCGUUUGCUAUAUUUUCAAUUGAAAUGUAUAACUAUUAUUUUGAUCAGAUUUUGUUAUAUUUUUGGGUGAUGUGUUUAACUUGUUGAUGUGUCUAGUUUUUCUAAUUGCUGUAUUGUGCUCAAUGUUUUCAGAUGAAAAAAAAUUAUGUCUGUUAGUAUUACUUGAUUGCAAAAUUUCAAUAGUUUUUAAUUAUAUGCUGGGAAGGUUAUAUUUAUUAACUUUUUUUACCUGACAUAAUUUUGAUUUUUCAUUCAGUCAUUUCACAUUUAUACGCAAGUUUGAAUUUUUAUAUUUUCUUCCUGAUUAAUUUCUGCAAAAAUACAAGACGUCAGUUUUUAUAGUUGGUUUGUAGUAUUGAAGUAAAACAAAGAUCUAAUGUCAUUUAUUCAUUUGCUGCCAACUGUUUGUAACUGUAUGCAUACAUUUGAAGUAUUUGUAAUGUGAGAUGUUGAACGAAUAAAACAGCUGUGAGGAAGAAAAACUGA